AUGACCUUGUUCGGAAUGUUACAGGCGCUAUUGAUAGCGGCAUCAGUCUUGGCUGUUAGCGCUAAAAAGCCCAAUGUUGUUUUCAUUUUAACAGACGACCAAGAUUUGCACAUGGACUCGUUGUCUUACAUGCCAAAUGUCCAGAAACAUUUGAUUGACCAGGGGACUUACUAUCAAAAGCAUUACUGUACAAUUGCACUAUGUUGCCCUUCUCGAGUGAGCCUGUUGACCGGCAAAGCUGCCCACAACACGAAUGUUACUGAUGUUGAGCCACCUUAUGGGGGAUACCGACAAUUUAUCGAACAAGACCUGAAUCAAAAUUACCUCCCCAUCUGGCUUCAACAAUCCGGAUACAACACCUACUACACAGGAAAGUUGAUGAAUUUCCACCACGUUCUCAACUACAACAAGCCCUUUCCAGCAGGGUGGACAUCUUCGGAUUUUCUUCUAGACCCAUACACAUACAGCUACCUGAAAAGUGUCUGGCAACGCGACCAAAGCCCACCAAAAAGCGCCGCUGGGCAAUACAGCACUGAUCUUCUUGCAGAGAAGGCAUAUGCGUACAUCGAAGAAGGGGCUCGCUCGGACUCUCCUUUUUUCGUGGCUUUAGCACCGAUCGCUCCGCAUGCAAAUGUUGAUGUGAAUAUAGCUGGAACAAAUGUCUCACAUACUUCUGGGGACCCGAUUCCUGAUGAGCGACACAAGUCCCUGUUCUCGGAUGUUGUUGUUCCCCGGACUCCAAACUUCAAUCCUGAUUCGCCAAGCGGUUUAAGCUGGAUUGCACAACUCCCGCAGCAGAAUCAGACCGAAGUUGACUACAAUGACGAAUUUUACCGCAACCGUCUUCGAGCGCUCCAAGCUGUCGACGAAAUGGUUGACGGAGUUUUCAAGAAACUUGAGGAUUUGGGGAUUCUUGAGAACACAUACGUUGUUUAUUCGUCUGACAAUGGGUUUCACAUCGGCCAGCACCGUCUGCAGCCAGGAAAGCGAUGCGGCUUCGAAGAAGACAUUAACGUUCCAUUGAUAAUUCGCGGACCUGGAGUUCCACAAGGCGAGACAACGGAAAUUGUGACGACGCAUACGGACCUUGCACCGACAUUUUUUGACAUGUUGGGCAUUGACCUGCGUGAAGACUUUGAUGGAAUGCCUAUUCCGCUCACAAGAUCAGGUAUCGAGGAUGCCGUCAGUACAAGGCACGAACAUGUCAAUGUGGAGCACUGGGGGACGGUGAACUCCGAGGGAAUGUAUGGAAACCCAUUGGCCGCAGGGACCAAGCAAAACCCUGAGAAUACGUACAAAGCAUUGCGACUGGUCGGGAAAGAGUACAAUCUUUACUACUCUGUAUUCUGCAACAACGAGCAUGAAUUGUAUAACUUGACUGCCGACCCUUACCAGAUGAACAAUCUAUUCUCCUCCUCGUUUAAAGACCAGGAAAAACGGGCCGAUUCUACUUCUGACCUCAAGAAGAUCACUCAUCGGCUUGAUGCACUUCUAAUGGUACUCAAGACCUGUGUUGCAAAAGACUGCAUUGAGCCAUGGGCUGUCCUUCACCCACAAGGCAACGUGAAGAAUCUGGAUGAAGCCCUGGAUCCCAAGUACGAUGAGUUUUACGAGAAGAGCUAUGAGACCAAUUCAGUCUCGUUUACCAAGUGUGAAGCCGGUCAGAUCUUGUCGUCGGAAGGAUCGCUUGAGCCGCUGGCCUAUCCGGGGGAGGUUGAAUGGGAGGAUUUCUCAUAG